GUCUUCUAUAUUAAUACAGAAGGCUUCCUACUAGCCUUUAAGGAUAUAUUCCUUAAUAUAUUUAUAAAGGCUAACUACUUAAAGGCCUUAAAGGUAUUAGGGCUUAUUCCUACUAACGCACGUGUAGUGUUAGAUUACCUUAAAGUGCAGCUGCAUACCCUACUAGCAGUACCUCUACCUAAAACACUGUGGCAAUCUAAGACGCUAAGCAAUACACACAAGUUUAGGUCUUAA